AUGGUGUCCAGUUUCACCGUCGUCGUCCUUGGGGUGUUCAUUGCUGUAUUGGCCGCUGCAGAAAUAGGUUCCAGCUUUCCGGACAACAUAGAAUCGCAGAACGUUAGAGAAAAAUCGUUUCUUCAACCUCGUACCUAUGUGAAAUACUGUACCUAUGGACGUUGGAGGUGGCCAGACGGAACUCUUUGCAAGAUUCGCCACUGGGUCUAUGGAUAUUGCAAGAAUGGGGUUUGCUCUAUUCCGACGCCAUCCACAACUACAGCCAGACCAGUUCCUCCGCCUGGACCUACCCCAACCCCACGCACCCCAACUACGACAGCAGGUUGAGCAGCCAAACUCAAUCCAAUCACCACAACAGCUCCUCCGGUCAAAUCCACUACGAUCCUCAAAACCACUCCGAU